CCACCUCGUUCUCGCAGGCGCAGUCUCAGUCUCUUCGUCUUCUCCAUCGAAACAGAGCUCCCUCGCCACCAUCAUCGUCCUCGCCGCCAGCGGCCUAGUGAGGACCUUCGACUGCCAUCGAAUCCCUCGCCGGCUGCCUCCAUCAACUUCCUUGCACUAUGUUCGUGGGUUCUAGUAUUUGACAGAGUUGAAUCCCUUCCUCGCCGCUUCGCUCUUCGCCUCGGGAAGGAGAGACCCAGUGCCCACAUUUUUCCGACGACUCCACCAUGGAAUCCCAGGGAAGUGAGGCAUCAUCGGCUUCUCGUCCUAGAUGUGGAGGACGCUCUAAGAGUACCAGCAUUCCUGCUCAUGCACCAUCUUCUGCACCGCCUU